AUGAAGGGAACCCCAGUAGUGACCGCGUUUAGGUCGAAUGAGGAACUUGCCGAGUUGAAAAAAUGGUUUUAUGAUUUUGAUGACACCCGUGACCACCGCAAAUGCGCAAUUGGAAAAGUGAAGGCACUUUUAACAAGAGGCAGACUACCGCAUGGAAUUGAAGCAACUUCAAUCUUGACAUCGGUGCUAUUGCGAGAUGACGCUGACGAUCGCAAUGAAGAUUCCAACGUGAUUCAGCUUGCUUAUACAAUGGCAUUGAUUAGAUUUGUUAAUGGUUUGUUAGAUCCAUUUCAGCAAUCAAACUAUGCGAUCCCAAUGCAAUUAUUGGCAAAACAAUUAAAUUUACCUACUUUUUUUGUUGAAUUGAGACACAUGGGGACACAUGAAGCUUUGCCAAGUUUGGAUACACUAAGGAUUGCAACUAAGGAUGCCUUGACGUGGUUAUAUGACAAUUAUUGGUGUCAAAUAGAGAAUAAGAGUGAGCGGGAUGUAGAUUCAGCCACAGAUGUCUAUGCAGAGGUUGUCACAUUUAGAGUGACUUACAAUGAAAGAUUGAUAAAUGCAUUUCUGGUGUAUGAAAACCUCAAAACUUUCAAAAGACUACGAAAAGACAAUUUGGAGAAGCCGAUAUUCAGCGAUAACAACAAAGAGCAAGAUAUGUCCAAAGUAAGGAAAUGCGUCAAUGAUCUAGCCGAGGUUUGCAAGAGUGAUUCGGAUUUGUUGGCGGAUUUGCUCAUCAGGAAAUACUAUUUGAUAUAUUCUCAAGAAAAGUUGAAAACGAAAGGUAUCAAGUAUAAUCCAUUAUUAGAAAAGCUAUAUAGACCGUUGCUACAAGAGCUUGGCAUAAACUUGAUCGAGCUGUUAUAUAUCAAGAUAGUAAAGCUGGUAGAAGGCAAGGAGCUAGGAGAGAUCAAUUGUCGCGUAUACAAAAAAUUAGGGUUUUCCCCCAUGUUGUUGGAAGGUGAAAUUGCUCAGCUUAUUGAAUGGCUACCAUUUUUGAUUAAGUAUAUUCUAUCGCAGCCAUUCUUGGAGGAGAACUUCACCAAGAUUCAAGUCUCCAAUCGAAGACAACUUUUCAGGUUUAUGUACCAUAGUAUUGUCACCAUGUGCAGUAAAGAUGAUUCGUUGCUAGUAAAGUUAUUACAAUUGGUUAAAGAUGCGGCUGAUGAAGACCUUGGCUCCGACUUAUUGGAUGAAAUAAAUGACAGGUAUGACGAGUCUGCAAAGAGAGCCAACAAGAAGCAGUUUGAAUUACCUCCAUCGCUCGAUGAGAUACUAGCUGGGGAUACUGAAAAGCGAAAAUUGGUUGAGGAGGAUUCAAUGGCAACUAAUAAAAAGCACAAAAGUUCAAGCGGCAAUGAGCAGAAAGUGUAUUUCAUGGAACCACAUGAAAAUUGGAUCCCGACGCCUUUUGGGAUGCCUGUUUAG